AUGGCGAAGCCUGACCAACUUCCGGCCAUGGAUCCGUUUUCCCCAGCACAUCAGCCCGAUGAAGGCUAUUCGGAGGACCCUUUAAAUCCUACCGUUCAUCAUGGUCUGCCGGCGAGUUUAGCGACAUUACGGUCACCGGCAGAGCUGCCAUCUUGGUUGGCAAGCAAUGCCUCGGCGUUGCCAGUGUCUGUCAAGAAGGAAUUAACACUCGCGCUUCUCGAUGACCUUCCCACAUCGGCCAUCGCCGAGAUCGUCCAGCGAUUAAAUCCCCGGCUAUACAUCGAUUUCGUCCAAUAUCUUCCAGCCGAAAUCUGUCUCAAAAUACUGGGAUAUCUAGAUCCCGUUUCAUUAGUUGGUGUCGCCCAAACAUGCCGCGCUUGGUACGAAUUGGCAUUGGAUCGGAAACUCUGGGAGCGCCUGUACCAUCUCGAAGGCUGGAAGGCGGUGGCGAGCGAGAUUGAACUGUGCGAGGGCAGAGUCAACGUUGGUCUAACAAGCUCUAUUGGUCACUUACAUCGAAUCCAGAAUGCGGAUGGCCAGACCAACAAGAUUCGUGCGAUACUGAAUGAAGAUGAAGACCAGGAAAUGACAGGGACGUCUCGGAGCCAGGACAUGGUCCCAGAACCAGUAGGAAUCGAGGGUAGCAGCAUUUUUGGAACUCCUGGCUCAUCAUUUUCCUCAAAUCGGCAACUUAUGUCACUCACAGGCGGGGAUGUCGAUAUGGACAUUAGUUUUGCGUCAAGUUCGUCAGCCUACAAGGGCAAAGGCGUAGAUAGGAGCUGUGGUUCAUCAGAUGUUGUGCGUGCCAAGCGAAAGGAGCCCGGAGGGACACCGGAACCCUCUUUGCCUCCUAUAUUGCCUCCAGAUCACCCAAGUGCUUCAAUACGAUCAACCCUGUGGGCUUGGGACAUUGGUAGCUCAAGGUAUCGCAUUAACUGGAAGUAUCUUUACAACAUGCGACGACGACUGGAGUCCAACUGGGAACUUGGCAAAUACACGACUUUCCAGCUGCCACACCCUCAGUACCCCGAAGAGGGACAUCAAGAAUGCGUUUAUACUCUGCAGUUCGACGCAGACUAUUUAGUGAGCGGCAGCAGAGACCAGACGAUGCGUAUUUGGAACGUUCGAACGCGUCGCCUAGUUCGACCCCCGCUAAUCGGACACAAUGGUUCGGUCUUGUGUCUGCAGUUUGACGCUCACCCCUCCGAGGAUAUCAUUGUUUCGGGCAGCAGUGACUCUAAUGUCUUCAUCUGGAAAUUCUCAACCGGCGAGCUUAUUCAACAAAUUACCAAGGCGCAUCGUGAGUCAGUUUUGAAUGUUCGCUUCGACAAACGGAUUCUUGUCACAUCCUCGAAAGACAAAACCAUCAAAAUCUUUAACAGAAGACCACUUCGCUUUGGAGAGCUGGGGUAUGGGGCGGGCGAGUCGGCAUUCAGCGCCGUUGGGAAGACCAUCAAGCGAUACGGCUAUGAACCGGAUUUAGCCCAGGAGCUACCUGUCAAGGAACCAUAUACCAUGAUUGGUCGGUUGGAAGGCCACGGUGCUGCCGUCAAUGCCAUUCAGGUUAGAGAUCGCACCAUCGUGUCUGUGUCCGGAGACCGGCAUAUCAAGGUUUGGGACUGGCCGGACCAAGUGUGCACGCAAACCAUCCCUGCUCACGAUAAGGGCAUCGCCUGCGUCGAGUUCGACGGACGACGAAUUGUAAGUGGUAGCAGUGACUACGAGGUGUGCAUUUUUGACGCGCCUACCGGGUUGAAGGUUGCACAAUUACGUGGCCACGCGCAUUUGGUCAGAACCGUGCAAGCGGGCUUUGGUGAUCUGCCAUACAGCAAGGCUGAAGAUGAGGUGGAUGCCAAGAUUGUGGAUGCUGAGUACUUCAAAGCUGUUGAGGCCGGAGAGGUGGCCCGUGAUGGUGAGAGACGAAACCGAAGAACUAGGAGAGUGAACGCAGGGAGCUCUAGGCCGGCUGAUGUGCAGGCAUUUGGAGCCAAGGUGCCACCUGGAGGGGGCGGCGGUCGCAAGUAUGGACGAAUUGUGUCUGGGUCAUACGAUCAGAGCAUCAUUAUUUGGAGACGUGACAAGGAGGGUGUUUGGAAACCGGCCCAUCACCUUCGCCAGGAAGAGGCGGCAGCUGCAGCGCAGAGAAACAUGGCCCUGGCCAUACCGCCACAACCCAUCCUACAACCUACUUUUUCAAAUCAACACCAAGGGGGCCUCCCAAUGCACCCAUCUGCUGGUCCCCCGGCCAUGCGCAUUCCUGCCUCCCGCAGCAGACUCCCGCCCCUUGGGGAGAUGAGCCAGGCCAGCGUCGACCCCAGCGUCGGUGCGCAGGGGACCUCCGGGCUCUAUAUGAACUUGAUUGAUCAAGUCGUCCCCCUUGGUGCCCGAGCACUGGAGCAGACAUUGGCCAAUUAUCCAGCCAUGCUUAGCCACCACAACUACCUGCAGUCUGUCAUUGAACGCGAGCCGUCGCCAUUGGCACGCACACAGCUUCGACAAGCCAUCACAGCAGCGUUAGUCGCCUUUCAAACCGGGCAGCAGUCGACAAGACAACGCCCGGCCAGUACACCGAAUCCAGCCUCAACAGCGCCGCCUGCUGCCGCUGCUGGUCCUUCUGUUGCGGGACCCAGCAAUCCUCCCGGAAUGCCGGCAACGUACCAGGCCGCAGAUAUCCCAACCCCUAGACCAACACAAGCCAUCGCCGGACCAUCACUAGCUGCGAUACAUGUUGCUCCAGACGUGAACAUGGCAACGGCUGCUACGCCAAUGCCAAAUCCUCUUCCGACCCCCACGCCUGCACCAGCUCAACCAGCCCAAGUACCAGCACAACACAACCCUCCCCCGCCGGCGCAUCACCACCCGCAUAUUGCCGGGGCAGAGAAUGCACCAGCUCGCGUAUUCAAGCUCCAGUUCGAUGCUCGCAAGAUUGUGUGCUGUAGCCAAGCGCCCGUCAUUGUGGGCUGGGACUUUUGCAACGGAGAUAGUGAGCUCGAGGAGACUGCUCGAUUCUUUGCUACAGUGGAUUAG